AUGUGUUUAUGUUCAGACAUUCAACAUGGAUUUACACAACCUUCUGACAACCAAGAGUUCGUUGGAGAUCUGGAAGUGUUUUUGACGCAGUUGUAUACCUACAUAUCUAGAAACGAACAAUCGAUGUCGCAUCUCCCAUUCAUACUACAAAAGAGGUCAACAUCAAUACCAAGUACAGCAUCUGAACCUUCAGAGGUUCAUCAACGUAUAGCAAAGAUUUACAGCAAAUCAUCUCUAGGAGAAGCUGACAACGAUAUGCAAUCUCUCGUCAAAACGAUUGAAACCUUGUUACAAGCAGGUCCGAGAUAUGAAAACAUUGCAGAGAAAUUGGCUUUGGGAGCUUGUUUCUCCUUGGAGAUAUGGUUCCAUUGGGAAAAAUGGUUAACAUUAAGAGGCCCGGUAUUUGAGCAGGCAAUGUCAUAUUUGAUGGACAAAGGUAUCGUUGGCUUAGGGAAAGAGUACGAGAAGCUUGCUGAGGAAAUAUUUCACAGCUUGGACAAUUCUCUGCCAAAAUUUGAACCGUCGUCAAAACGAAAGCCAAGUCAUCAGUUAGGCGGGAGAAAGAAGAAGAACACGAACAAUACUACAAAGGAUAUCUCGGACAAUAGUGGAAGUGGUACUGGGGCCGAGCCGACUGCCCUAGAUGACACCACAGAGCUCAUAGAUCAAUUGAGAGCCGACAGUCCUGGCAGCAGAGCAGCCUGCAAUUCUGAAUCUGACCAAUCCCGACAGGAUGUUACAGUACUACCACUGUCUGAGUCUGAUCCGGGCACAUCUACUACUAUUUGUGUGCGUGCUCCAGGUGCCGGUCCAGCUCCUCCAAACAGCAUUCCUAUUUCCAGUCAUGCACUGCUGCGCGCAGAUGUUACGACGUCCAUAUACGAUUCACUACAUGCGGAAAGUACUCGCCAGAUGAAGGAUAUUAGGACUUUAGAAAGAAAUACUCCCGACAGCUCUAUUGGGGCCACAAGCAGAGAAAGGGAAAUUGAGUUUGUCUAUAGUAAUCCAGACGAGGAUCAAAUGAAUAUUAGCCUCAAGGAACCAUUUCGCAGUGCUGUGAUGGCUAAAUAUUAA